GGCAGUGGCAGAUGUAGGCAGUGGUACUUACGAAUGUGAGGUGAGGAAUGGUAGUAUGUGGUGCGUGUGCAUAGUCUGACUGUGGGUGGAAGCAAUAUGCCUAGAUGCGACUAGUCUGCGGCCGGAAACCAACAAGAAGAAGAAGAGACGAAGGGCGGAAGAGACGAAGUGCACUCCGUUGUGGUCCCUUCGCAGUGCUAGCUAACAUGGAUGCUACAAUGGAAAACAUCGAACACACGCUACCGCUAUACUCUAAUAAUGCAAAAAAGAAAAGUAAAAAGAAAGUGAAUUCAGAAUACACAUACAAAUUGUCUGAAUAUGAAACAAUGGACUUUGUGAAAUUGCGCGUAUCAAAUCGCUACAUGUUUACGGGGAGGAGAAAUGCCUCUCGACUGGCCUGGAGGGCUAUCCUCAAACACAUGGGCUUGCAGGGAAAGAUGACUGCCAGUCAGGCAAUGAAAAAAUGGGAAAAUCUGAAGAAGAGAUACAAGGAGCUGAAGUACCCUCCCCCAGGGGUGCAGGUGUUCCCCCACAGUUGGCGUUGGUACGAUCUGAUGAGUGACGCAAUGGAAGGGCGUCUGGCAGGCUCAGCCCCCAUCAUCGGCCCACUCCCCCCGGGCACUAGCGACAGUGAUUUUCUCCCUGACGCCCGGCCCAGGAAGAGAUCCAUGAUAGGCGGAAUAGGGGUGAUGGGGAUGCACUGCGACCUGGAUGAGAUGGACACAGAGAGGGCGACCCUGGAGACCGAACGGGCGGCAUUGGAGGGCGAGCGAGAGGUGAUGGGGAGAGAGCGGAUGGCGCUGGAGAGAGAGCAAGCAGGGCUGGAACGAGAGAUGGCCAACCUGGACCGGGAGCGUGCCCAACUGGAGAGGGAGAAGGCAGCGGUGGAGAGGGAGAGGGGGCUGAUAGAGAAGGAGAAAGCGCAGGUGGCCAGAGACAGGCUGGCUGUGGACAGAGACAGAGUUCUACUGGCGGAGGGUAGAGCAGCGGAGGAGAACGGUGCGGAAGGACAAAGCUGUAAAACAGGAGGACAGAGGGUGGUUGGGUCGUUGGAAAGAACCGAGAGAUUCCUCAAGAUGUUUGAAAAGUUGGUUGAACGUAUGUGAAGAACAACUUCAUGUUUGUUUACACUAGACUAGACUAUUCAAUUGGAAAGUAAUUGGAUAUCAUUUGUAUUGGUUUUAUUUUCUAUGAAUGUACAAAGUUUUCAAUUACAAAUCCUUUUUGUAUUACUGUUCAGAGAUGCCUAUUGUUAUCUGGGCUAGAAGUAUUUGAACAUUAACUGCCUAAACAGUUGUACUCAAUCAGUUCAUUUCAAAAUCAGUUUGCAGUUACACACCUUACCGGUCAAUUCUCAAUUAAAAUGUUAAGCCAUUGAGGUCAUCAAAACAACUUUAUUCAAUUGUGGUAUUUCCAUACAAAGCACUGUUUCUUCUUAUUAACCCCCCCCCCACCCCCCAGUCAUACAAUAGUCUUGGUCUUUAUUAUAGGCUAUUGUGGUCAUAACAAGAACUUUGAAAUGUAAUAUGCCAAAUAUUGCAGUUCAUGUAAAAAAAAGUGACUUCAGAAUAUAUUUUUAUAUUACAGUACAGACUUUACAAAUGCUUGUUUAAUUGCUUCUUUUAUUGCAUUGAUAUUCAAUUUAGCGUUCCAGUAAGCUUCAAUUCGUUUAUGCUAGUAUAAUUGUUUUUAAAAAAUAGUGUUAGAUUUCUGUAAUAUAAUUUUUUUUCCUUUACAAAAACAUAUUUAAACAAUAUUACUGGUUGUCAUUGCCAGUCAUGAACAGACAUGAGACAAUGUUUGAUUGUUGGAUCAAUAAAAUGUCACAUUUU